AAAGUGUGCGCCGUGUCGUGUAUUUGCUUGCGAUCAGCGAGUUGGAAAUCCCAACUGGAGUGGUCGCGUCCUCGCCGUAGCAAGUUCCUCUCCAGUAGCCGCUUCAGGUCAAUUUACUUAGGAUGGCGUGCUUAAAUUAUUGCGAAUCAUAGGGCUUUUCACCGAACGGCAAGCUUCGGCGGAGGAAAUCCCGAGGUACGAAGUGACCGCUAGUGCCGGUGUGACCGCGCGAUUCACGUCCUCACGCCGACCUUGGCUUCGAUCACUCUGUGUCUGAUCACUCAAAAGUUCAUCGACAUGGCUUCGAUGCGCAACGUUCUCAAAGGUGUCAGCUUCAAGCUGAACUUGCAAACUCUGACCUCCGGACGACGAUCGUUGUGCACAACGCGUGCGUUAUGUGCACAGCUUACCGUCCGGGAUGCCCUCAACUCGGCCAUGGACGAAGAGAUGGAACGGGACGAGCGGGUUUUCCUGAUCGGCGAAGAAGUCGCCCAGUACGACGGCGCCUACAAGGUGAGCCGAGGCCUUUGGAAGAAGUACGGCGACAAACGGGUUAUUGACACGCCCAUCACUGAGAUGGGUUUCGCUGGAAUCGCGGUGGGCGCCGCAUUCGCCGGCCUCAGGCCCAUCUGCGAGUUCAUGACGUUCAAUUUCGCCAUGCAAGCCAUCGAUCAGGUGAUCAACUCGGCCGGCAAGACGUUCUACAUGUCGGCCGGAAACAUAGCGGCACCAAUCGUGUUCCGAGGUCCCAACGGCAACGCGGCCGGAGUAGCCGCCCAGCACUCGCAGUGCUACGCCGCCUGGUACGGCCACUGUCCGGGCCUCAAAGUCAUCUCGCCCUACAGCGCGGAGGAUUGCAAGGGCCUGCUCAAGUCGGCCAUCCGAGACCCCGAUCCCGUCGUCUUCCUCGAAAACGAGCUCAUGUACGGCCACGCGUUCGAAGUGUCCGACGAGGUAAAGAGCAAGGACUUUCUGGUGCCCAUCGGCAAAGCCAAGAUCGAACGGCCAGGUCAACACGUCACUCUGGUUUCGCACUCCAAGGCGGUGGGCACUUGUCUGGACGCCGCUAAGCAGCUCGCCACUCAGGGCGUCGAAUGCGAGGUCAUCAACCUUCGUAGCAUCCGGCCCUUGGACGUAGAGGCCAUCCAGUUGUCCGUCAUGAAUACCCACCAUCUGGUUACGGUAGAGAACGGUUGGCCUCACUUUGGCGUCGGGGCCGAGAUCUGCGCCAGCAUCAUCGAAAGUCCCGCGUUCGACUACCUCGAUGCCCCCGUCAUUCGUGUGACCGGCGCGGACGUACCGAUGCCCUACGCAGCCACGCUCGAGCAUGAAUCUGUGCCCACGGAAGCUCACGUGGUGCUAGCCGUCAAGAAGUUGCUGAACGUACAGUGAAAAUGACUGCCUGUAGAUCCCAACCAAUGUCCUGACACAGAAUUUUGAAUUUGUUUUUUUGCACUUUGUUAAUGCAACCAGCGUCUUCUGCUUUGUUAGCUAGGUCUGAUCUAUGAGGCUUCUGAGCAACGCGCAGCCGAUUAAUCUGCAGCCUGUAGAAUGGCAUGUGUGAUUAACUACUAGGUGUCGCCACCCCAAUCUUCAUGCGAUCUGUGCUAAGAGUGGCCCUUGCUGCCUUUGUUGAAAGCUCGAGCUGUGUCAUUGUAGCCUAAUCUGUUGCUUCGAACGCAGUGACGUCUUGAGAAAUUCAGUUUUCACCUGCAUGCAUUUUGUCAUCCACAAACAUGCGCACAAUGUGUGGCACAGCCGAGAGAGCGAGUAAACGAAAGUACUUGGCAAGCACUCGGGUCGAAAGAAACUCAAGAAGAUUGAUUUUUUGGUUGGAAGUCCACGUACUCUCUUUUAAGCAUCUAAAUUGGUAUGGAUAUGAACUGUUUAUCAUGGGGAUUAUUAUACUGGUAAAAACUAUUGAGCCUUCAUCUCUUUUUUUUUUUUACUGGGACAAACUUGCAGAUUAUGUAGAUUUAAGCAGCUGCCGGCAAUGGGCCCAUCAGUGUGAUCGAAGCAAGCGCAGCUUACCUGCUGUAUGUAUCAUUUUAGGUUCCAACUUUAAGCCACAAAGAUGAUUGCGGGGCCGAGAUUUACAGCCUGCCGAGUGUACAGGUUUUGUUCAGGUGCUCAACAGUUAUGCAAGAGGUGGUCGUACCAGAAUUUUGAUAGGUGAUUAGAAAACAGUGCCAUUUACUUUGAACUCAAUCCUGGUCAACAUGUUUGUCUUUUGCAGUGUGGCCACUUUAAUUACAAAGUGAAUAAGCACGAUUUUUUUAUGAAUACAGACUUCGUCCUUGUAUGCGAGUCAUAUUUGGUUAACUUCAGCUUGCUCCGUUUUACGUCCUUCAUGCAUAAGUUGUUGAUUGAGGUGAACUAGUUCCAUCAUCUAUGAAUCAUGUCUUGAAACUGGGUUUUAAUAGCAGUCUUUUAAAUCCUGGUAUUCUUUAACUACAGCUAAGUUAGAAAGACAAUCGCAGAGUUAUGUGAUGUGAUUUCGCAGACAUUGCGAGUGAAAUGCACAGAGGAAACAUGCACACAAAAUGUGAAACCAUUAGCUCACAACAUCUGUGCUGAGGCAUGAUGACGACAAAUGAGACCUGUGCUGCAACAGUGUCGUGUGCAUACCUUCCUGGCAUUGCAGCGUUGCACGGCGAUAAGCAAGCUUCUUAACAUGAAAGAAAAUGUGCCGCUGACUUUUGAAAUGUGCGAGGCAUUACCAUAUCUUUUUUCCCGAGUUGAUGCCAUACCUCCUCUUAUCAAAACAUGUUGGGCAAGCUUGAUCAUGCUUGAUCAAAAUGCUUAAGACACAACCCAAGGCGAUGCAAGUGACGCUCUUUCCUCUCCUGAACACCUUUUGCUUAGAUUGCAUCUUGACCAUUUUGAUCAGGCAUAUCUCUGCUCCCAAGUUUGCUUGUCCACCUACAAAACAGUCCUUGCCACCACUACGCUGAACCCUCAAACUCAGGGCUCUGAAGCAUGUUCCCAAACCAUGUAUGCCUAAAAUAAUGCCAUUGUCCGUCUGUAAAUUAAAAUGUUCGACAGUAUUGGCUCCUGAA